UCAGAGUGGCGUGUUGUUUUGUGCUGGAUUUUGAAUCUAAUUGAAGCUCUUGGCAUAAUGACCGGCGGAAUACUUGCGGGAAAGGUGGCAUUGGUCACAGGCGCCGGAUCUGGUAUUGGGCGUGCCACCUGCCGUCUGCUGGCCCGCGAUGGUGCCAAGGUAAUCGCCGCCGAUCGCAAUUUGCAGUCUGCCCAAGAGACAGCCAAGGAGCUGGGAGCAGGACGAUCUGCGGCUCUGGAGGUGGAUGUCUCCUCCGCCAAGAGUGUCCAGGGAGCCGUUACCGAGGCGCUGCUGAAGUUUGAUCAGGCCCCCAGCAUCGUGGUCAACUCGGCGGGCAUAACACGGGACGGCUACCUGUUGAAGAUGCCGGAAAGGGACUUCGACGACGUGUACAGCGUCAACUUGAAGGGCACUUUUUUCGUCACCCAAUACUUUGCCAAGGCCAUGAUCGAACAGCAGCUGGAGGGCGGCAGCAUUGUUAACCUCUCGAGCAUUGUGGCUCGCAUGAACAACGUGGGACAGGCCAACUAUGCGGCCACCAAGGCUGGAGUGAUCUCCUUCACGGAGGUGGCGUCCAAGGAGUUCGGCAAGUUCGGCAUCCGCGUCAACUGCAUCCUUCCCGGCUACAUUGACACACCCAUGGUGGCCGUAGUUCCGGAGCCGAUCAAGCAGGAGGUGGUACAGCGCUGUCCGCUCGGGCGCAUGGGCAGGCCUGAGGAAAUCGCUGAGGUUAUUGCCUUUUUGGCCUCCCAGAAGGCAGCCUAUGUCAAUGGCGCAGCCAUUGAGGUCACUGGCGGCCUCAAGUGA